GGUCAUUCACAUUUAGUUCACCGGUCCUGUUUUCAACCGGCAGGAUCCGUAAACAACUGUUUGCCUGUGCGACUGAGUUCCUGUUUACGUGACAGAGAGCACGACGGGAUUGAAUCCCCGAACUAGGGUUAACGUUAGUUCGCGACGUUGUGUUAACGUAACGUUGUUUUUUUGUGAAGGACUACGCAACAUGUAAACUAAAUUGUAACUUUGUGAUAUAGAAGUGACUGGUUGACUUGGUGGCCAUUGAACUGCUGGACACAUGCGGAUAGCGACAAUGCUUCUCCAAAAUCGAACCGCGCUGGCUCUCGGCCUUCGCAUGUGCUCCACCCAUGUGAUGAAAGGACCUUUGAUGCACACAGCGAGACCCGUCUCAGACAUAUCUGAAUUCCGCACGGUCUUUUCCAAAGCCAAGCACAUAGCAAUCAUCACGGGGGCAGGCGUGAGUGCGGAGAGCGGAGUACCGACUUUCAGGGGAGAAAACGAGAAGUGGAGAAAGUGGCAAUCUCAGGACCUGGCCACCCCGGAGGCCUUCUCUCGAACCCCGUCUCGGGUCUGGGAGUUCUACCACUACAGGAGGGAGCUGGCUCUGAACAAGAAGCCCAGCGCGGCCCACCUGGCCAUCGCGGAGUGUGAGGCCCGGCUGAGGAAGCAGGGACGCUCCGUGGUUGUCAUCACCCAGUGCACAGACGACCUCCACCGGCAGGCCGGGUCCAAACACGUGCUCAAGGUCCACGGCAGUCUGAUGGAGACGCGCUGUGUGAGCUGUGGACAUGUGACCGUGAACAGGCGCAGCCCCAUAUGUGCUGCCCUAAAGGACAAAGGUUCACCUGACCCAGAUGUUGCUGAUGCCCAGAUUCCUGUGGAUAAACUGCCACGGUGCGGCGAAAGCGACUGCCGCGGUCUGCUGAGACCCAACGUGGUGCUUUUCGGUGAAACUCUGGACUCUCACAUCCUGACCAAGGUGGAGAAGGAGAUGGAGACCUGUGACCUCUGUCUGGUGGUGGGCACGUCUUCAAUCGUUUACCCGGCAGCCAUGUUUGGCCCCCAGAUUGCAUCCAGGGGCGUCCCGGUGGCGGAAUUUAACAUGAACACAACACCAAAAACUGAGUACUUCAUGUACCACUUCCAGGGUCCAUGUGGAACCACGCUGCCUCCAGCUUUGGCGCGUCAUGAGUCCGAGGUUAUUUAAGAGCCCGUUCUUCAAGAGAAUGACUUGAGGAGCGUCUCAACCAGCAGCUGCUUCGUCAGACUAAAUGUAAUCCAAAUGUUUGCCUUAAAAUUCAACUGUUGAUGUUCGGGACAGGGAGAGCUAAGCUUCGACCUUUUCUUCUUUUCUUUUCUUAAGACUUUGAUACGGAUCUCUUUAUACUUGAAUAUACUGUGUAGCGCAAUAAACUGGAAAUGGGAUAUUGUAUGUUUUACAUAUUGGCUGCUUUGAGUUUGAGGCAGGAGCUAUGCAGCUUUAAUACAAAACAAGGAAUGCACUAUGUAUGAAGUUAUUGGCAUAGGAUGGUCGUGUUAUUACACACACACACACCUUGUGUAUUAGAUGCUGGUGAGAGGUCGUAAUGCUUUGCUGUAGAUGGGAACAGAUUACUCCUGGUGCUCGACGGAGAAUACUCCUCUUUUUCCUCUCCCUCGCUCCACUGAAUGAACAACAUAAUCUUGUGCCUUUUUAAAACUGUUUACACAACCUUGACCAAACGCUCGCUUUAAACCUCAAGUGCGAAUCAAACAUUGUUACAGAGAUUUAGUUGAGCGUGGAGUUUGCUUCCGGCCGAGGACGGAGAAGGGAGACAUUCUGUCCCUUCAGUCCUAGCCCGAUUCAGCAAUAUUUCCAUCUCGUGCUGUUUUGAAUGCGUUUAUUGGGACAUCAGUACAGUUACUGUACACGUCGUGGGGUUAUUCAUCAUGCAUAUUUACAUUAGUGUCGGUUUUCAAAAAACGGUGGAAAGUGAAUGCAUUCAUAUAUUUGCAAACGUGAUUAUCUGUCAAACAAUACAUUUUGUUUUGUUGCCCAUAAACACCACGCACAAUUUAUUAUGACAACUGCUGCCAAUGCAAAAAUGCAUAAUGUAAUUAUUAAAACACUAAAUGCA